AUGUCUUCUUGCAAGGUCUAUGUGGGAAACCUUGCUUGGGGUACCGAUGAUCCUACCCUCGGUGCCCACUUUGCACCUAUCGGACAGGUCAAGGACGCUGUAGUUAUGCGAAGCGAAGGUCGUAGUCGCGGAUUCGGGUUUGUUACGUUCUCGUCUGUGCAAGAAGCUGAGCAUGCAAUUGCCACCAUGAAUGACACUGAGUUGAGGCGACAUACAAUACUACAAACACUGGCACUGACAAGUGCUUACUCUCGUAAUCAUGGUCUGCCACUAUCUUAUAUCAUACCAUACUCGCUUCGCCGACACUCGCACACUCUCGAGAAAUUCAGCCCAAACAGGCCCGACCAGCGGGAACAGCUGCAGAGUGGUCAGCCAACGGACCAUCCUAUAUGCCCUAUCGACCUGCGUCACUCAUGGGAGCUCGCUUCAUGGUUGCAUGCUUCACAGACACUGAACACAGUCAUCUCUUUAGGAAACGGAGUUUAUCCACCCGCGCACUUCGGCGCAAUGUAUGCCCAACCAAGCUUUGUAGGUUAUCCGCAGGACAUGCCUUAUGUCAGCAAACUUCUCUCGGAGCUCCUAAGUUGCGGCUCUCUUGAACUGACGUUCUCUUUGAAUCGAUCGCCGACUUACCCCACAGAAUACAGGCAGUCCGCCCCCAGGCGGGCCACCGAAUAA